GUUGCAAUCACCUUGACAUUAACAAAUAAAUCCUAUUGAAGAAGCCCAACAAAAUGACUGCGAGAGAAGAGGGAGUGUGCUUUGAUGAGUGUAUGUGUGUUUGCCUGUGUGAUACAAUCGAUUAGUCAUUUAUAUGUGAACUGUCUCUUAUACCUGACUACUUUUCGUUUUCAUUGUCUACUUAUUGACGUCAACAACAAAGACUACUACUGGAAGUAGACGUUGAUUUUAGGAGAAAUCAUAAAUCUCUUUUUUCGUUCUUUUCAAAUCUGUGCUUCUUCUUUUUCGUUGCCUCGUUGUAAUUGUAAUUUAAGGUCAAAAAUACGUGCACACUUAAAGAGGAUAGGAUUACAUAACAAGAAAAAAGCACAGUAGACCGGGAAAAAGUGUAUGCCAAGUGACUUUAUACACACAAACACACACAUGCACAAAAUAGUAACAAGAGGAGGUGAAUCUUAGUCAGUCAAUCAACCAAUCAAUAAAACAGAUAACGACUUACAAGCAUAACACGAAUUACACAACAGUUCAAUAAUACUACUUUCGUUUGAAAGGAAAAAAAUUCAGCAGCACCGUUAUUAUUAUCAUCGUCAUCGUCAUUCUAGUCAAAAUGAUCUAUCCAUCCAUCAUGGUCACCAGAGCAUCGAAUCAUUAUCAGGCUGUAUUUUUUUUCCUUUUCUCUCAUCGGUUGGUCACUUUUCGAUAAACAGCGUCUUUUUUCUCGUCAAAUCCGACUUAUCCUGGUUAACCAACCCUAAGGAGUGCAUACUGUGACAAUCCUAAAAACAAAAAUUGUAAAUAUAAUAUCAGUUAAAACAAAAAGCUAAAAAUCAGGAAUCUGUGAUCAUGUCUUCUGAUAGUGGUGUAUUUCGACGUCUGUCUCUCCCACCACAAUUACAACCACAACAGUCAGUCGCAUCAUCCACGACCGCCUCAACGACUACGACAACAGCGACAGGAUUGUUUUCCACCGGUAAUAAUAAAACUAAAAAGGAGUGUUUUACUUUUGAACCACAACAGUGGCGUAAAUCUGUAUGCAAAAACUGUUUUCGUACACAACCAGAGCAUAAGCCGCCGCAAUCAUUGACGCAGCAACUACAACGAAUCUCCGGUGAGGAGGACACAACUUCAACUUUGAAAAGUCAACAAGCGCUGGACAACGAUGGAAGUAAUAUGAAUAAUAACUCUAACACUACUACUAUUAAUGCUGCUGAGGGGGAUAAUAGUAGUUAUGACGUGAAGGCGCGUGACACUUUUAUGAAUAAACCUAAUAAUGGAUUAACUGGGAGUAAUGCUGCAGCCAGAGCAGCGGCUAGAAAGAUUGCUGUUGGACAAAGAUAUUCUGAUUCCGAAGUGCGCAGUUCUUUAACUGGUCAUGAAAUACGUAAAUCCUCUGGUACUAUAAACACUAAUAUAGGUCAGCAGCAGCAAUCAGCUCAUGGAAUCGUUCAUUCUUCUGUAUCAAGUAUUGACGCUAGAUAUGUUGAAGAAUUAGAGAAUGAUUUCUUUGCAUUAGAAGAUAAACAUGAAAUGUUGAUUAAAGAAUAUGAUGAGUUAAAUUCAGAAUUAGAAAUAAAAGUACGUACAAUUAGUGAGCUACAAACAACCCUGGAUCAGUAUCGUGAAAAAGUAACCCUACUUGAAAGACGUUGUGGACACUUGGAAGAAGAGAUAAAAAGUUAUCGAGAACGUUUAAAACUUCCAGAAAGUGAUCAAAAUCACUCACCAAAUACAAAUAUAUUAGAUCAACAAUAUAAUAAUAACAAUAACAAUGUCGGAUUAACAGAUAUCCACUGUAGUGCUGAAUUACAACAACGUCUGAAUGAAGUUGAACAAUUAUGUCAAGAAGUUAUGGAAGAGAAUGAACAACUUAAAGAAGAUGUCGAGGAAAUGCAUAGAGAAAUUGAAGAAAUGCACGAUCAUUUUCAGGAAGAAGAUCGUGAUGCUGUGCGCGAACUUCAACGUGAUUUAGAAGCAGCGAACAAAGCCUGUAGAAUAUUACAAUUCAAGUUACGCAAAGCUGAAAGACGUUUUGAACAAUGUGAAGCUGAACGAGCCAAUUUAGAAGAACGUUUAGCUAGACUUGAAUCUGAAUUGUACAGUGAAGCUGAUGUUGCUCAUAUUCAUAAUUUAGAAGAAGAACUACGUAUUGCCAAAGAAGUUGGUGUUCGCUUAAAUAGUGAAUUAGAUUUAUUGGACGAGAAACGUGUUUAUUAUGAAGAGGAGAAUCGUCAGUUAAAUGAAGAAUUACAAACAUCACAGAAUAAAAGAAUUGCUGUUGAAAAUGAACUUGGACGACUUAAAUUAGAGUUCGACAAGUUGAAAAAUGAAAAAGGUGCUUUCGACAAAGGACCAUUACAAGUUACUGACAAAAAUAGGUCUAGACAAGGUGUGUCAUUAUCACGAGAAGCCUCAUUUGAAGACCAUCAGAUAGUGCGAGAUUUAGAAGCUGCUAGAGAAAGAGAAACCGACUUAUCAGAACAACUGAGAUUUGCUGAAGAAGAAAUACGUAAAGUUAAACGACGACUAAAAGAAUCUCAAGCUGAAAAUGAUAUACUAUCUAGAAAAAUAGGAAAAGUGUUUUCACUUCAGACACGUAACAAUAGAACAGCUGGACAGACAGCUGGUGAAGGUACUGAAGAUCAACAACUUAUACCGCCGACAACACCAUACAGUACAGCUAUCAGUUCAGAACAGAAAAAAUCUUUGUUUUCUGGAAUAAGUAGUCGACUUCGAGGAUAUGUGAACACUGAAAGUGAAGCAAGUAUUGCGGCUACUAGUCGGACACCACAAAAUGCUGUAAAUACAGACACAAAUAAUCUCCUAAACAAAGAAAAGCUGGCUACAGAAAGUGGACAGUUGAACUUGCACACUGUUAGAGAGUCAGAAGAUUCACAAUCGAUAAAUGAAUAUAAACAAAAGUUGGAAAUAUCACUUAAAGAUAAUGAAGUAUUGAAAAGCAAAUUACGUGAAUCUGAAAAACACUUAAAACAAAUUGUUCGUGAUGUACGUUUACUGAGUAGUUUUGAAAAAGUUGAUGGUUGGUUUGAAAAGUAUAAUGAUGUUCGUGAAACUAUGAAAGAUCAAGAGAAUGAAAUAUUACGUAUGAAAAAGAAGUUAUCUGAGCUACAGGAGGAAAAUACGAAACUUCGUGCAAAUGAAAAAUUAUUAGACGGAAAACAUAGCAAUAAAACUCGUCGAUCACGACCUAUCAGCUUAGAAUUAAUGAGUCAAGAAUUAUUAAUUGAAGAAAUUAAAAAUUUAGAAGAGGAAUUAAAUAAUGCUGAAUCUGAAGCGAGUUCAGCCCAUGAACAAGUGAACAGUUCACAAGUUCGUAUCACGUACUUAGAAGACACAAUGACAGAAAGUCGAAGUGAAUCUGAUCGACGAGAAGGUGAACUGUUAAAGUGUUUAAGUCAUUUAGAAGAAAAAUGUACAGUACUCAAUGAAUUACUUACAGUAUUAGAAGAACAGAAUAAUAAUCUUCAGUCAGAAAUUUGUAGCCUACUAAAUUUGAACUAUGCAUCGGAAGAUCAGCUAUCUAUCAAUAAGAAAAUGGAUGAAAUUUCUAGUGAAUCCGUUAAAAUAGGGGAUCCAAAUCAGAAAAUUCGAUGCUUAGAAAAAUUACUUUCCGAAGAACAUCAGCGUACUAUAGUGCUUCAGAAACGUUUGGAGUUGGCCACUAAACAGAAUAUUUGUGUAAAUCAAAACUCUGAAAAACAUUUGGAGUCUAAACGUAGCGAAAUGCUUCAGAGAGAGCUGGAUGAAAAAGAAGAAAUGAUUGAUGCUCGUGAUGAACAAAUUAAUGAUCUGAAAUCGCGUGUUGAACAAAUGCGUAAAAUGAAUGAAGCAAUGCGUGCAUUAAUGGAGAAGGAACCAAUUGAAAGCAAGCCACAGAAAAUGGGUGCUACUGUAGAAAUUGCCAGUUAUAAGAAAGAAAUAGACAGCAUGAGAAAAGAAAUGCAAAUUAUUCGUAAUAAUCUUACACAAGUUGAAAAAGUUCGAGAGAAACUAGCUAAAGAGAAUAGAGAAUUACAAGAAGAAUUGAAAUUAAGGGAAGAUUCAAUAUUUGAACAAGAUGACGAACUGGAGAGGCGUAAUAGUGAAAUACGCGCCCAAAAAUCUUCGAUUGAACAAAUGAAACGAGAGUUGGAACAAACAAAAUGUGAUUUAGCACAAGCAAAAGCUGCAGAGAUUAGUGGAGCGUCUGGUCGAUUAAGUGCUAAAAUUGCUGAAAUUGAAAGAUUACGAAUGGAGUUGAGCACUGCGACCCAAGAUUUAAAAGAAACUAAAGCCAGUCAAGAGGAGUGGAAAAGAAUUGCAACUCAAAAUGAAGAUACAAUGAAACAUCUUGGCAAUGAAAUUAUACAAUUACGUAAUGCAAUAGUUGACAAGGACAAAAUGCUAACUGAAUUACAUGCUUAUUUAAGAGAAUCACGACAGAAUACAGAGAAUAUUAAACAACAAUGUGAAAAUGCAGAAAAAAAAUGUGCUGAGGCAGAGAAACGAAUGGAAGAAUUAAAAGAAAGAUUACUGACUAAAGAACAGGAAUUAAAAAACCUAAGAAAACGUAUGGAAGAAGCAGUCAGUGCCACUGGCAAUAACAAUCGUGAUUUAAAUCAAGAUUGUACCGUCACCAGUAAUCGAGAUUUACUGCUAAAUCGACGCGGUUUUGAAGUGGAUAAGCUUAGAAGAGAAUUAUCAUUAACAAAAAGAGAAAAAGAUGAUUUAUAUACCGAGUUAAAGAAAUUACGAUGUAAACUGGAUAAAAGGCACAUGUCUGAAGAACGCAGUAGAAAGGAUAUAACAAGUUAUUUGUCAAAUUUAAACAUGGGUAACACAUAUGCAAAAGCAAUUGCAGCUCAACAGCCUACAACAAAAAUUAAUCUACUCAAUGAACAUAUCAGUGUGUUAAAUCGUACAAAUGCUGAAUUAAAAGUACAGAAUGAAUCAUUACAUAAUAAUGUAAUUGAUUAUCAACGACGUUAUCGUAGUAUUAAAGAACAAUAUGAAGGUGAACAAGAAGCUUGGUUAACUGAAAGACUUGUUCUUGAAUCAAAAGCAAAAGAACAAGAAGAUCGUAAGACAGCACUGACAAAUACUCGAAAAUUACUCCAAGAUACAAGUGUUAAAUUAUUCGAUUUAGAAAGGGAAAGUGAAAAGAAACUUAUUAACUUACAAUCAGCCUACGAAAAAUUGGAAAAAGAGAAACAAACAAUUGAGUUAAAAUUAGCCCAGUUAGAAGAUACGCAAAAGCUGCCAAAAGUACUUCAAAGAUUUAGUGCCAGUUCUGGAAGUACACGUCCAAGUGUACUGACUUCUCAAGCACGUACAGCACAGCUAGAAAAUCAAGAAGUAAUACUUAAAUUACAGAAUGCUGAAAGAAUUAUAGCUAAACUACGAAAUGAGUUAGUUGAAUUAAAAGAAUCAUAUGCAACACAAAAUAUUGCUGCUGUACAAGAAGCUGAAGAGGCUAGGUUAAAUAUGGAAAAAGAAUUAGAAGAUAUUAAAGAUAGGUUGUUAACAAUGGAAUGUUAUCGACAACAAGUAGAAUUAUUUAGACAUCGUCAUUUCGAAGUUGAAGAAAAUGCUGAACGUGAAUAUAAAAUAUGGCAAGAGGAAAGAGAUCAUUUAGUUUAUCAAGCUGAAGAAGCCAGAGUGAUGAUAAAUCAUUGGAGUGCACAGAUAAAGUGUAAAGCUACUGGUGAAGAUACAAAACCGGAAGAUGUUUUAAAUGAAAUUUUAAAGUCAAUGGAAAAAUGGUCAACUGAACAUGAACGACUGCCAAACUUAAAACGUCGCAUGUUGGAUUCUGUAUCAUCAGUUGAAAGUACUUCAGGUAUUGGUUUAAGUACAGGAGCAACGAACAGUCCAAUGAUACCUCAAUCAAAAGGCGGUCUAAUGAUCAGUUCAACAACAUCACCAUUUUCACCAGGUUUACUACCACGUGGGUCAAGUUUAACAGCUCAAAGGUCGACAUCAAUGGAAUGGACUGGUGGACGAUUUCACGGACACCCAUUAUCCUCUGGUGGUCAUCCAUUCGGUUCAAACUUUAGAGAAAGUAGUUGUGGAUUUGGAACAACUAGUGGGACAUCACUUAUUAGCGGUUUUCGUGGUAGUGCGUUAAGCCUUGCUACAGGAACAGGAAUUGGCGGUGGUAGUAGUUACAGCCUGAUGGUUAACAGCCGUUGUGGUAGAUCUGUAUCGCCUGAAGUCACUGUGAAAAAGAUUACAAAUUAUCCCGACCCAACUCCAGGAUUUCUAGUUCGUCCACAGUCUAGACAAGGUUCACAAGAUAGUUUGGCUAGCAUUACAGACUAUUCACAAAAAUCAUUUACUCUGCCUGGUAAACCACCUAUUAGAAGUAUUAUUUCACCAGCAAGACGAAUGUUUUUCGAAGAUAAUCGAGAGAAUAAAUCUAGUGAGAUUGAUUUGCAUCGCCUAAUGGCCCAACAACAACAACAUACGCUUAAUCCUUAUGAUAUACAAAAUGAAUCAACAAAAACCAGCUUACUGAAUCUAAAUUAUUCGGAAGAAAAAACUGAACCACUUUCAAAACAUACUACUGAUAUGAGCCAAAAAGUUAAUGAAAAGUUGAAACCUACACUUCAACAUGAUACAGAUAAGGGUAAAAAAUCAAAUAAUAAUCUGGCAUCACCUAUUAUCAAUAAUAAUAAUAAUAACAAUAAUAAUAAUAAACAUAGUAAUAGUCAAACAAAAUUAAAUGAAGAUUUAGACAAACCGGCCAGCACUCAUUCACGUUCAUCGUUUGCCAACAGAUUUACACGUUGGUCGAGUUCUGGUAGUAGUAAUAACAACAGUAAUAAUAAGCAUAAUCUUGUUAAAGCACAUUCAGUUGAGCCAAAUUCAAUUCAUGACAGAAACACUGAAAAUGUUGGCGGUAAUGAUGGUGGAAGCAAUCGUAGUGAUUAUGGUGGAGUUGGCAGUAUCGGUGGCAAUAGUAAUACCGGUGAUAAGUCUAUAAGUAAAUCUAAAGAAAAUCUAUUCAGUAAAUCAUUGAAGAGAGAUAAAUCGUCUAUUCGAUUCGGAACACAAGAUAAAGUGAAAGAGAAAUCACCGAAAAUUGAUAAUUAUUCAAGCAAUACUCGUCAGAUGACAACUGAAACAACAUCGAGUCAUGAAAAUGCUCCACAACAACAGCAGCAGCAACAAACACAGUCUGUAGUGAAAAGAUCUAAAUCUGUAUCAAAUAUCUCUCCGGCUAUAAUGGCUUUAAGACAAAAAUUUUCAGGUGGAGGGAAAUCAUAGUCGACUUUUAAAUUUUCUUCGUCUUUCUUUGUUUUCACCUACCUUCCUCCUCACACUCCUCUUCUCUCCUUGCCUCCUUUUCUUCACCCGACUUUCUUCCCACGCUUAUGUCACCCACUUAAUCUUUUUCAUUCAGUCACUAAGAUCAUAAGUGAAUCUAUGUUAAAAUGUUCGUCUCAUUUUCAGCUAUUUGUAAACAUUUUAUCUUAAAGAAAUUUGUUUUAAUGAUUGAUAAUCAUGUCAUUGUUAAUGUUAAUAAAAGAAAGUAUUUACUUUUGAUUAAUUAUAUUUGUUAUCUUUGUCAGCUGACAGAUACUGACAAAUGAUGUUACAUACUACUGAUUGAUUGAUAUUAGUAGUUUUAGUCAUCACUCACACAAACUAUUAGCGUGUGCCAGAUGGCCAGACCAAAGUAUUCUAAACACCAGGUGAUCAUUUCGAUCGUUUUUGACCAAGCCCAACAUC